AUGUCUCUGUGGUUGGAACGCUGCCUGACGGGUUACUUCCAGCUCAUGGGUUUGACCUGCGGCUGGAGUGGCUCCCGUUUGGGUCGGCUACUGAGUAGCAGUUUCCUGGUUCUCAUCAUGAUCGAAAGGUCAUGUGAAAUCCGGAGUUACUUCAGAGAGACAUUUACAGACAGUGAUGGCAACACAUCGGACACAUCGUACUUCUUCGCCAAUACCGUUCAAGGUGUCAAUGUGGGUUACAAAUUGGUUCAUUUACUAAUCGUUGGCAUGGCCUUAAUCGAGUGUCAGCGAAGUCGCCGCCUGUUGGAGCAACUGCCUCCGGUUAGGAUUACACCUUUUAUAUACAGGCAGAUCGUCCUGGAAACCCUCCUGAAUGGUUAUAUCCUAGGUCUGAAUAUUUACUUGUGCAAAGAUCGUCUGGGAAUGCUUCUCGAGUGCCUCCGUGUUGUGUACAGCAACCAGGCGGUGCGUGCUCGUUAUUUGCAAGUGCUUCUCCUAGUGGAUCGCCUUGACUUCCAGUUGGAGCAGCUGCUUCAAAGGAUGACCACCAAAGGACGAACUGUGGACUAUAAAUCCCUGCGAUGUGACUACGCUCGUUUGGCCAAGGUAACACGAUCCCUGUCACAGCUUUAUGGCCUCUCGCUCCUCCUGCUGAAUGUCCUGUGUCUGGGAGACUGCCUUAUAGCCUGCAAUGUGUACUUUAUGGUGGAAUAUCUGGAGGUGUUGACCGCCAGUUGGUUUGUCUUUGCCCAACCUGUGUAUAUUGUAGUGCCAACACUGAUCAAGAUCUGGACAUUGUGCGCCGCCUGUCAGCGAUGUGUGGGAAAGGCGAAAUACUUGCAGGCACAGCUAAGGGAUCGUCCCGGACAAUCGCCAGCGGAAAGGACUCAACUCGAAGAGUUUGUCCUGCAAAUUAUGCAGGAUCCUAUACAUUUCGAUGUCUGUGGAAUAUAUCAACUCAAUCUGCAGUCCUUAGCUGGGAUGUUCUUCUUUAUCCUGGAGGCUUUGGUAAUAUUCCUGCAGUUUGUGUCCCUUGUGGGGAAAAACCAAACCAUGGACUAA